UGAAUUAUUUAAUGAAUCAUUCAGUGAAUUAGAUAAUAAACAACCUACUUUAACAACUUUAAAUACCGUGGCAUAUUUUUCAAACGACAGACAAAAUUUUACUGAAGUAGAACCAUUUCAACAAAAUAAUCUCUGUAACAUUGAUUUAACAGUGAAUUAUACGCUAUGGUCGCAAAGUUUCGCACCUACUGUAGAUCCUGGAAUGAAUAUGCUAUUAGGAAUUCCAGAAAACUUAGUAUUUCCAAAUGAAAACUUGAUCAGUAAUAACUAUUUAAAA